GAAUGCAUUUUCACUCGACAUGAGUACUCCAGAGAUCAACCAGUCUGACACAGCCGAGGCACGUCGAGGAUCUGGACACCAUCACACCUUCUUCAUCAAAGCAGGCCGAGAUCCGAGGCACCAUGGUGUUGAUGCCCAUCAAAGAGUCCCCAUAUACGUCUCUUGUGAAUCGAGUCAUCUCCUAACAUCGACAUCGACAAACAUACCACCGUCAAAAUGCCCAACACUAUCCGUGACAUCAAAACGGUGGACGCGGACAGCUACCCUUAUAUCUUCGAACAGAAUGUCAGUAUCCCUUUGAGGUCCGGCAGUGUGCUGCGUUGCAACGUGUACCGCCCAAAAGAAGAGGGUCGGUAUCCCGUAAUAGCAACUUGUGGUCCAUAUGGAAAAGAUGUGCCUUACAAAAGCUUCCACCCCGCAAGCUUUGCAGAAAUCAAUCCAGAACACCAGACCGAUCACUCGGCGUGGGAAACGCCUACGCCAAGUUAUUGGACUCGUCACGGCUAUGUGGUCGUCCGCGCUGACGAGCCUGGCACGGGCCAAUCCCCUGGCAUUCUGAAUGUCAAAUCUGCAGCGACCGUUGAUGCAUUCCACACUGUCGUGGAAUGGGCCGUCGAGCAACCCUGGUCGUCUGGAAAGGUCGGCUUGAUGGGAAUCAGCUACUAUGCUGCGUCGCAGUGGCAAGUCGCCGCCAAACACCCCAAAGGACUCGCCGCUUUGGUGCCAUACGAGGGGUUUUCCGACUCCUACAUGGAGUCAACCCGACACGGUGGCAUCCUCAGCAACGAAUUCUACAAUCGGUGGUACCCACGUCAGGUAGCUUCCAAUCAAUACGGACUACCCGGCAAAGCCGCGAGAAAUUGGGGGCCUGACACCGUGGAAGGCGACCUCGGCGAGGAAGAAUUGAAGGACAACCGAGUCGACGGGCUGGAAGUCAUGCGUGCGGCAAAAUAUCGAGACCACCCACUCUUCAAAGCCACCGAAGUCGACCUGGAAUCGAUCAGUGUACCGGUACUCAGUGUCGGCAAUCUCGGCGGGAUCUCACUGCACCUGCGAGGCAAUGUUUUGGGUUACACUCGUGCGAGCUCGGAGUUCAAAUACCUUCGUUUCAUCGCGGGUCGUCACGACAUUCCAUUCUACUACCCAGAAGAGGUCCAAGUCCAACUCAGCUUCCUGGACGCCUUCCUGAAAGGCGAUGACCGAGUGGGGUGGUCAGAGAAGGGAAAGGUGGCUCCUGUCAGUCUUCUUCUCAGGAAGGGUGAUGUUGGCUACAAUGACCCGGAAAGCGAGAAAGCCUUCAAAAGACGAGAGGAGAGCCAGUGGCCACUGUCAAACACUCAAUAUACGGACUACUUCUUGACCACCGAACGACGGCUCGUUCCAGAGAAGCCUCAAACGCCGCAGCCUGCCACAGUCGACUACAUGGCAUAUGGCAUCGCUCCAGACGCUGGGUCGGCACCUGGGACUGGUUCCAAGCCACCGCCACCCCCUUCCCCAGAACAUAAGCCAUCUGGCGCAUCGAGUUUUGGUGAUGGAACCGUCGUGUCAUUUGAAAGUGAGCCAUUCAGUACCGAAACGGAAAUCACAGGACACAUUGUUGCCCACCUGAACGUGUCGGUGGGCAAGGACUCUUCUGCCACAAAUGUGCCCGGCGAGAUCGAUCUGUUCAUAACCUUGCGCCACCUGUCGGCAAGUGGAAAAGAGAUCAGUUACACCGGGUCUGUCGGUGAUCCGGUCCCGAUCGCAAAGGGUUGGUUGCGCGUCAGCCUACGCAAGAUCAACCCGGACCAUCCUCUUCAUCGGCCAUGGCUCCCUUACCGGGACUGUUCUUCCGAGAGUGUGCAGCCAGUCACCGUUGACGAGGUCUAUCCCGUUGACGUUGAAGUGUGGCCCACCAAUGUCGUGGUGGAUGCGGGAGCGCGGUUGGUUCUCGAAGUCAGUUCGUGCGACACCGCCGGUGCAGGGAUCUGGGGUCAUACAGAUCCCGUUGAUAGACCUGCCGAUGUUCUCCGAGGCAUCAAUCGAAUUCAUUUUGGACCCGACCACCUGAACUAUGUGACUCUCCCCAUCAUACCUGCCGCCCUUAGCGGCGCCUGAAGGAGAUGAGUCUUGGGCAAUUAUGAAAAUCCUAUAACCCUGGCCCCCUUUCGGGUUGCCUACCACAUGGUCGCACUUUCAAAUGCACCAAGACCGAUCACUGCCACAUCGAACUUUUCCAUCAUUCAACGUUUCGAAUUGUAUUCUUUGACACUACCACAAAAGUACAGUACGGCAAACCGAGAUAUCAAGUCAAAGGGGAAAAGAACCGUACAAGUCACCAAUAAGGGCCAAACCAAAUGGAUUGUAGUCGAUUGUUUAUACCUUUUAUACCUUUUAUACCUUU